AUGGUGAUAUUGGACAACCACGUAACACAACCAGGGUGGUGUUGCAGUAACUCUGACGGUAAUGGGUUCUUCGGUGACAAAUUUUUUGACCCAAAUCUGUGGAUAUUGGGUCUCACCAAGAUGGCCACACUUUUCAAUGGAGUCACUAAUGUGGUGGGUAUGAGCUUGAGGAAUGAGCUCCGAGGACCCAAACAAAACGUGGACGAUUGGUACAAGUACAUGGUGAAAGGAGCAGAAACAAUCCAUGCAGCAAAUCCUGAUGUUCUUGUCAUUCUAUCCGGUCUAAAUUUUGACAAGGACUUGUCAUUCAUUCAAAAACGACCAGUAAAGCUGACAUUCAAGGGAAAAUUAGUAUUUGAGGCUCAUUGGUAUGCCUUUACUGAUGGUGAAGCUUGGGUCAAUGGAAACCCAAACCAAGUAUGUGGGCAAGUGGUUGGAAAUGUGAUGAGAACCUCUGGGUUCUUGGUGAACCAAGGAUGGCCUCUGUUUAUUAGUGAGUUUGGUGUAGACUUGAGAGGCACCAACGUGAACGACAACCGCUACCUUAGCUGCUUCUUGACAGUGGCGGCUGAGCUUGACUUGGAUUGGGCCUUGUGGACACUCGUUGGAAGCUACUACUUUAGACAAGGCGUUGUAGGAAUGGAAGAGUUUUAUGGGAUUCUUAAUUGGGAUUGGAGCCAAGUUAGGAAUGUCAGUUUCUUAGACAGAAUCUCCUCCCUCCAACUUCCAUUUCGAGGUCCAGGCAUAACAAUAGGCAAUCCAUACAAAUUGAUAUUCCAUCCUUUAACGGGUUUGUGUGUGAUAAGAACGUCAGUACUAGACCCACUUACAUUAGGUCCUUGUUCUUUAUCUGAUGCUUGGAGCUACACACCCCAAAAAAUUCUAUCAAUAAAGGGUACUUACUUCUGCAUUGAAGCAGAGAAUGAAGGGAUGCCUGCAAGCCUUGUGGGAAUAUGCUCAGAUUCUAACACUAGAUGGGAAAUGAUCUCAGAUUCAAAGUUGCACCUUUCGUCCAAACUUAGUGAUGGUUCUGAUGUGUGCCUAGAUGUUGAUGACAACAACAUUAUUGUAACCAAUGCUUGCAAAUGCUUGAGCAGAGAUCCUACAUGCGACCCCAGUAGUCAAUGGUUCAAACUCGUUGACAGCGGAAGGAAGUCAACCUUCACAACCUCCUCUUCGUCAAUGCUAAAUUCAUCAGACCUUUUAUGGAAAUCAUUAAGCUCAAUAUAA